GGUGAACGCAUUAAAAGUCGCAAAGAGUAGCAAAAUAAUGCCAAGCGAGCUUCAGCGCACGGCAAUAAAAACUAAUAUGGUCAAAAGUGAAGAGUCCAACAAAAAGCAUUGCCACAAUGAUUGACAGGGUGAUAGAUAACACAGGCAGGCGACGGACGACGGACAGCGGCGCUGGAGCUGAAAAAAGUUAAAAAAAAAAGUUUGCGAAAUGUGGAAAGCGAGCAAAGGAAUGUGCAUAAAGCGAAAUGUCAAAAAUGCCCGCGAAAUAUAGAAAUAACAUACAGGUAUAUGUACGUAGGUGCUAUCAAAUACCAAAACAAAAAGUCGCGAGAGAGUAAAAACUGAUUUUAAAAAAGAAACUCCAAAUGAGAAAGGUAAAAAAAUUGCGAACGAAAAACGUUAGCGAAUAAACUAAAAUGCCAGCACAUAAAAUCAACAUGUACAAUUCUCGACAGCAACGCUAUUGCCACAAGGCCACAAUGAGUUGGGCGACAAAGCCACAAACAAUAAAAAAUACACUACGAAUACAGCUGCUAGCCAAUCAGAAGAGCGGAGAGUUUACGCGGCGCUUUUGUUGUUGUUUUACGCUUUGCUUGGCGGCGGCGCUGUUUCAUGUGGUUGAAGGCAGCAAACUCCUCCUCCAGUGGUGAAUGUAAGCAUGGCGGCAAUGCGCAUGUCCGGCUGUUAAUGUGCGUUUCGGUGGAUACCAAAAUGAUGGAUGGCAACUGCCACACAAAAGCCACUCCCCACAACGGCAUUUCAGUGGAUGUUUUGUUGUAAUACAGUGAGACCGUUUGGCUGGCUGGCUGUGGCUGGUGGGCCCAAGUGCAUGCAGCAAGUAUGAAGUGGCGCUUAGUGCGUCCGGUGCGAUUGGAUAGAAUAGAAGUCGUUUGCAUGCAAGCGAGCAGUUGCGGAAAGUUUUGUGAUAACGGCUUGGCUUAUAUCUUUUAUGUAAAGCCAAUAUUCGUGUAUGCGAUUUGUACGGAACACAUAAAUACAUUUAUGAAUGAAUAUAUGUAUGUCAUAUUAUAACGGAAAUGCAGUAGCGAAUAAUGGAAUAAAAUUAAUAAAUAAAAGUUUGAUAUGAAAUUGUGACGUAAAUUAAAUCAAAGUGAAGCGGGUGAAUUAAAAAUGUGAGGCAGUACAAUGGAAAUCACACAGCCACGAAUCUGUUUGCACACAAAAUUUAAGUGAUGAUUUAUAAAUGAAUGUGGAUACUUCUAACAUUUGCUGUAGUGUAGUGUAGUGUAGUGCUAUUGUGAUAACUGAGUAACUAAUUGGUGCGAUCGAUUAACAACUGUUUUGUGUGUAGAAAAAUGCAAGAAGUGUGCAACAGCUUGGACCCCCAAAUGGGCGCACAAAUCAAAUCCGAAUCGCCAUUGAAUGCGCUGCAUGUGUCCACGGGCCAGACGAUAGUGCCAAUAGUGCCGGUGGCACCGACGGUGGUGCCCGUGUCGGUUUCAGCGCCGGCGCAAAUGCCUCUAGUGCCACAGCCACCGCCGCCGCCGCCAUCAGCGGCCAUGCUUGUCAGCAAAAUGGGACCGACCAACUGUGAUAAACGUGUGACCGCUGCCGAUACAGCGUACUGGAUGGCCGCCUCCGAGGGGGGUUUCAUCAACUCACAACCGUCCAUGGCUGAGUUUCUCAACCAUCUGAGUCCGGAGAGUCCGAAGAUGGGUACACCUGUCGGUGGUGGCGGAUAUCCGGUUGGCGUUGGUAUUGGUGUGCCACAAACGGCGGACGGCAUGGAUUCGGUACCCGAGUACCCAUGGAUGAAGGAGAAAAAGACAUCGCGAAAAAGUCAAAAUAACAACAAUCAAGCCGACAAUGCUAUAACUGAAUUCGUUCCAGAAAAUGGUCUCCCCCGGCGCCUGCGUACUGCCUACACCAACACACAGCUGUUGGAACUCGAAAAGGAGUUUCAUUUCAACAAGUAUCUGUGUAGGCCGCGACGAAUCGAAAUUGCAGCAAGCUUAGAUCUGACCGAGCGACAGGUCAAGGUGUGGUUUCAAAAUAGACGAAUGAAGCAUAAGCGUCAAACUUUAUCGAAGACGGACGAUGAAGACAACAAAGACAGUCUAAAAGGUGAUGAUGAUCAGUCUGAUAGUAACUCCAACUCGAAGAAAUCUUGUCAAGGCUGUGAGCUGCCGUCGGAUGAUAUACCAGAUUCCACCUCGAAUUCACGGGGGCACAACAACAACACACCCAGUGCGACUAAUAACAAUGCGAGCGCAGGAAGUUUGACGCCGAACUCGACCUUGGAAUCGGGUAUUUCUUCAAAUCUACUUGGUAGCUCAACUGUCUCCGCGUCGAACAUGAUCAGCGCCGACUCCAGUGUGGCUUCCAGCGUCAGUCUCGACGAAGAAAUUGAUGACAGUCCCAUCAAAGUCAAGAAAAAAGAUGACAGUCAAAUUGUCAAAAAUGAGGCCGUUUCGACAUCCUCCAAAGCUUCGCCGUUCCCCUAUGAUUCACCGGUUGGAAAUGGUGGUAGCCACAACAUUACUAGCAACGCCGCGGCUAUGCUGUCUGGUGGCGGUGGCUUCCGUCGGAACGCAGACACCGUGCCACACGGCGCACAAUCGGCGGUGAAUUCAAACUGUGGCCCCAACACCGAAGGCGGUACGCGCAGAAAACGUUUCCAAAAUGGCAACAACACGAAUGCGGCAAACAAUGAGGGCAGUGGGCGAGCUGGCAUGGCCGCAUACUUCCACGGUGGCUAUUAUCCGAAACAUAACCAACACGACCAACGACCACAUUUACACCAUGCGCAGCAGUCGCAACUGCAAGCGCCGCCACCACAGUCGCAGCUGCCGUCAGCGCAGAUACAAUCGCCGCACGACUACUACGGCAAGUACGACAUUGAAUUCGCCGGCACAGCCUCGCCGCAACACGGGCCGCAAGGGACGUUGCCAAUGCCAACACACCACAAGCUGCAGCAAAUGCCAAACAACAACCCACUGCAACACCAACCGAAUGGUGAAUAUCCAAGCUCUAAACCGGACUUCAUUAGUAAACUCUCACCAGACAUGCACAAUGCGAAACGUCAACAUGAAUUCCAAGCAGCCAAGACAACAGCCGUUAAUACAUUCCAACACGCGCAAACUCACCACCAACCACAGCCACCAACACACCAGCAGGUUUUCUACAAUCAUGGUGGCGAGCCAAUGCCGCCAGGUGCCGCUGGCCAGUACAUGAACUAUAAUCACCACACGAUGGACAAUGGUGGUGUGUACAUGCAUCCACACCAUCAUGGUGGUGCUGAGUUCGAGGCGACAUCUCUUAACGCGGCCGGCAAUUACUAUGAAACCAAAUCACAAGCCGCUGCGUAUUAUGAACACUUGAAUUUCCAACAGCAACAGCACCAACAACAAAUUCAUCCCGACUUUCACCAACACCAACAAGCACACGAUGUUCAACAACUGCAACAGCAACAACACCAACAGCACAUUGGUGGCAUACCUGCCGAGUUCAUGGUGGAUGGCACGCCGCAUAUGAAAAUUGGCGCCGCCGCUGCACCGGCAGUGACGUCAGCAGAUGUGUACAUGCCACCCAAUGCCAGCGCUCUGGGCGUACAAAUGGAGAACUGUGAUGGCAGCUACGGCAACUUUGCCAAUUUUUACGAGAAUGGUCAACCGCAGCUGCAGCCGCAACCAGCCAUGCCACCACACCAUCCACAAACCCACCACCAUCCAACGCAUCCCCACCCACAUCACCAGCCACCGAGCGGUCAUAUAAAUAUCGGCGCAAAUAACUUUGCUAUGAAUGGUGGUUCGCCGGCAAAUGCUCCCGCUUAUCCGAUGACGGGCAAUGGUGCAGCCGUCACUGCGGCUGGUGGGAAUCUAACCGGCAUGGAGAAUUCAAACAGCUCAUCAGACUUCAACUUCCUCAGCAAUCUGGCAAAUGAUUUUGCGCCCGAGUACUACCAGCUGAGUUAGUUCAUCUAAGACAGCUAAAAGGUGUUUACAGUACUCUUUGAUUUAUUUUUUGGUUUGAAAAAUAUCUUUUUCUCUGGUGUUUUAUUUUGAUGUGUUGUACGUGUAUCCAAACUUAUUUUAUGUGCACAUAGCCAUUUAUGUACUUACAUAUGUACAUAGUUAUAUUGUAAAAAUGAUUUUCUAGUUAUGUUCUUUUUGUCUGUUUCAUUGCAUUUUUAAACGAGUUAUUUUCUUUUCCAAUUGGAUUAAAAUUUUCAAAUGUUUUCUAAAAUUAGUUAUAAUUUAACCCAGUUGAACUUAAUAGUCAUUACUUCGGAAUUUUUACUUAAUUUCUUAUUUGAAAAUAUAUUUGUUUCGCUUCUUGUUAACCUUAAAAUAAAAAAAAAACCCUUUAUAAAAAUAUCUGUAGAUAUGUACAAUAGUUGACAGUAGACCAAGUAUCAACCGUAUCAAGCUUAAAAUUCAAAAUCAUGUAAAGUUGAUAUAUGUAUGUAUGCAUCUUUAAACUGUUGUAUAUACUACGUAAGCGCUAAUUAGAGAAGUAAUCCUGUGAAAUGUUAAUUAUGCUAAUUAGCAUAGUUUAGUUUGUUUGCUCAAAUGAAAAUGAAAAUCACAAAGAAAUAAAUAACUGUUCAGCAAUUGUUGUUAGUGUUAAGAUAUGCUACUAGUUCUAUAGCUGUAUAUAGUAUAUAUAUAUAUGUAUAUAAAUUUAAUAAAAAUCAUUAUAUGGAUAAUGUUUGUAUGUACAUACGUAUGAAUGUACUUUUGAAAAUCAUGUAAAGAUUUUAAUGUGUACAUGUGUAUGGGUGUAUUGCAUACAUAUUGAUGGGUGCUCAAAAAAACAACUAAACUAUCGAUUUUAUGCGUUAAAAUUAAUAUAAAAUUCUCCUGAGUGAGCUUUUUUAAAAAACUUUUUGAUCUACAAAUAUGGGAGAUAUAAUAAAUUGGAUACCAAACGGUUCAAAAAAAAUUUAAUUUUUAUAGGAAAAAAAUGUUUUUAGGUGUUAUUUAUAGCGGAAACUUUGAAUGCUUACCGACACCUUUUAAAAUUAAGCUUAAAAUCCUGCCUUGCAGCUAUUUUUUUCUGCAUAAAGUUCAUUUUAACACAUAAGUUCGAUAUGUUAGUUUUUGGGCUUACCCAACAUACACAUUUACAUAUAUUUUUUUUUAGCUAGUGAGUCACAUUUCCUUAUUUACAAGAGCUUUUGCUACAUGCUGCACACAUUUGCUUUUUCAUACAAAUAUCACUACAACUAACGUAGGCUUACAGUAUACCAUAUUGCAGAUCAAUGUGAUAAAAAAAAAUCUUUUACACUGCUAAUUUUGUUGAAGACUUAACUAAUUAUUCACUGUGCAGCAUGAUUCCGCAGAGCAGGAUUUUCACAGAUGUAUGAGAGUCUUUCCGAAAUUUAUUCUACAAGAAAAUGUUGUUCAAAAGUCUUUAAAAAUAACUGUAAAAAAUAACAUUUAUUAUUAGCAUGAAUGUUAGGCGUUCGAUGGAAGGGUUCUAAAAUCUCAUGGAAAUUAGCAACAUGUGAGGUUAGCAGCAAACUAGUUGAAUUUUAUUAUGAUAACACGAUUAUGCGCGUUCUUAUUGCCUAUAGAUCUGCUAAUUCAGAAAUACGAAAAAAAUCUUUCUAAUAAAAUCAGGCACACACUAUAAUAUGGAAUGAUAUUAACAAUGGUACAUUCACACAUACAUAUGUAUAUAUAAAUGUACAUACAAUAUAUACAAUUAUAAUUUUUUAAUUUGUUUUUUUUUCAGAAAUUAACAAUAUUAAGCCCCAAUGAUAAUAUCUAGAUAAAUAAAACAAGCUGUAUAUAGUAUAUAAGUUUAUGAAUAUGAAUAAUGUGCGCCGUAUAGAAAAAUAAUUAGUAGCGUAAAUGAUUAAGAAAUGCAGACAAUUCUAUAAAAACCGUAGCUUUUCUAAUAGUUGUAUUUUUGUUGAUUAGAAAUCGAAGUUGUUUGCGACACUUUUUGCCUAAAAUCAAUAACGAUUGAUAAUAAAUUAUUCAAAAUAAAUAUUUAGCAAUAAUAUACUAUAGAUUUUUGUUGUUUGUUUUUAGUUUUAAAGUUAAAUUUUUAAUUGUAUUAUAUAUAAUUUUGCUUAAUAUGGCAAAAAAAAAAAAAUUCCAAGCUGAAACCGUUCCGAUUCCAGUGCAAUUUUGUAUG